AUGGCCGACAUCCUGAGUAUCGGCGGUGAGUCGAUCUUCGACGAGCGCAUCGUCGAAAUCGAGACUCACACGUAUAACCCGUACGUCAACACGACGUUCGGGCACAACGACAAGAUACGAAUACCCAUACAGCAGCAGGAUCUGUAUACGCUGCCGUGCGACAGUUUCCUGUACGUCGAGGGACGACUCAACAACGACGGCGCAACAAAUGAGGAACAAUACGCAAAAUUAGUCAACAACUGCGUCGCGUUUAUAAAUGUCGGCAUAACCAGCACGAUAAAGAACUACGUGUCGCUGACCAUCGAACGAGCCAGAAGACUGCAGAACGCUGGAUGGAGUUAUCCGACGAGCGAAUCGAAUCUGAACAACGCGUCCCAUCAAUUCAACUUUUGCGUACCUUUGAAUAUUCUUUUGGGUUUCUGCGAGAACUACAAACGCGUGGUGAUAAACGCGCGACACGAGCUUAUCCUGAUACGCUCUCGUAGCGACCACAACUGCGUCGUAGAUCCGAAGAAGACCGUGCCGAGAGAUCCGGCCAAGGAUCCUAAAAUUACGUUGUUGAAAGUGCAAUGGCGUAUGCCUCACGCGGCGCUAAACGACGUGACUAAAUUAUCGCUGUUGCGAACGUUGGAAAGCGGACGAUUUCUGAGCGCAGGCUUUUGCUCUUGGGAUCUGUACGAAUUUUCCCUGCUGCAGAGCACGACCAAGCAUUCGUGGGCCGUGAAAACCGCGCCGCAAUUGGAGAAGCCGCGAUACGUCAUAUUCGCACUGCAGACCGGACGGCGAAACGAAUUCGCGGGCGACGCCUCGAGGUUCGAUCAUUGCGCGCUCGCCAACGUGAAAUUGUAUCUCAACUCGGAAUUCUAUCCCUACGACGACGUGAACGUGGAUUUCGAGAGCGACAAGUUUACCGUGCUGUACGAGAUGUACGCGAAAUUUCGAGGAGCAUACUACGGGGACAGUCGCGACGACGCGCUCUUCUCCCCGCGCGAAUUCGCGCGAGUAGCUCCGCUCGCGGUGAUCGAUUGUUCCCGUCAAAACGAAUCGGUGAAGAGCGCCACCGUGGACGUGCGCAUCGAGUUCGAAAACAAGGAAAACGUUCCGCCGAAAACCACGGCCUUUUGUCUCAUCGUUCACGAUCGCGUCAUCGAGCAGUCCGCUGACCAACGUAGUGCGCAAAAUUAUCUAACGGAAAAUGCGAUUGUGGAGAUACCUCAUCCGGGAAACUGA